AAGUGUCCAGACUGGAAGGGGGUGAAAGUGUCCGGACUGGAAGGGGGGAAAGUGUCCAGACUGGAGGGGGGGGUGAAAGUGUCCGGACUGGAAGGGGGUGAAAGUGUCCGGACUGGAAGGGGGGAAAGUGUCCAGACUGGAAGGGGGUGAAAGUGUCUGGACUGGAAGGGGGUGAAAGUGUCCGGACUGGAAGGGGGUGAAAGUGUCCGGACUGGAAGGGGGGGAAGUGUCCGGACUGGAAGGGGGAGAAAGUGUCCGGACUGGAAGGAGGGGAAAG